AUGCUUCAUGCUACUGUUUUACCCAUCUUGCUAUGGUUGGCAACAUUAGCCUACGGGUUUGAUAGGAAGGAGUUUUUAGUUGACGGCAAUGAAUUACCAGGUUUCACAAAAUUGAAGAACACCAAACAUUGGACUGUACCAAAAAUGUAUGCGGGGCAUUUACCAGCUACUCGUGAUAAUGAUACGCAAUAUUUCUUCUGGAAAUUCGAAAACAAAAAGACAAAGAAAAAUGAUGAGACGCCAUUGAUUAUAUGGUUAAAUGGAGGUCCUGGUUGUUCUUCUAUGGCAGGUGCCCUGAUGGAAAUCGGGCCAUUUAGAUUGAAUAAAAAGGCCGAGGUAAUAAAAAAUGAUGGCUCAUGGCAUAUGAGAGGAUCUGUAUUAUUUUUAGACCAACCAGUGGGUACAGGAUUCUCGUAUUCUAAAGAAGAUAAUGAGGUCAGUGAACUAGAUGAGGUCGCAGAUAAUUUCAUGGUGUUCCUGCAAAACUAUUAUGCUACUUUUCCUGAUGACAAAGAUAGAGAGCUUAUUUUAGCUGGUGAAAGCUAUGCUGGCCAAUUUAUACCAUAUUUCACAAAAGCUAUUAUCAAAUUUAAUGAGCAGCAAAGAGAUGAAAACUCAAAAAUAAAUAUCAAAGUUAUGUUCAUUGGUAAUGGUUGGUUGGAUCCAAAAAGACAAUACCUUUCCUAUGUUCCUUUCUCUUUGGAGAAAGGUAUCAUAAAGAAGGAGGAUCCAGCAUUUAAAGAUAUUUUAAAGCAGCAUGAAACUUGCCAAAACUACAUUAAUAGCGAUCAUACUGGACACUCCGAACUCUCAUAUCCACCUUGUGAAGCUGUCUUGGGCAAAAUUAUUUCACAAGAUAAAACGCAAUGCAUCAAUGUUUAUAAAUUCGAUGAGUACGAUAGCUAUCCAUCAUGUGGACUUGAAUGGCCGGUUGACACAAAGUUCACCAAACAAUUUUUGACGGAUAAAAAGGUAUUGGCUGCUCUACAUGCAAAUGACGAGAGGUCUUGGAUUGAAUGCAGGCCUGAUGUGAAAUUGGAAAAUAUCAAAGCAAAGCCCGCUAUUGAACUAAUUCCUUCUCUGUUGGAAUCUGGAAUAGAAUUGAUUCUUUUCAAUGGUAACAAGGAUUUGAUCUGUAAUACAUUAGGUAUCGAUAAUGUUUUAAAACACUUGCAGUGGGAAGGAGAAACCGGUUUCACAGAUGAAGUUCAGAUUUUUGAUUGGGUUUAUCGUGACGACUUAAAAUCUGAUAAGGAAAAGGUUGCAGGCACAGUUAAAUAUGAAAGACAAUUAACUCUUAUUACCAUUGAAGAUGGCUCUCAUAUGGUAUCAUAUGACAAGGCACUAAUCUCCAGAGGUAUUUUAGAUAUGUACUAUGAUGAUGUCUUACUUGUUCAUCGGGAUGGUAAAGAUACAUUGAUAUCCAGUAAGGACGGUGAUAUUGAUGGUUAUCUUGAGGAUGAUAAAUCACAAGAUGAAAACAAAGAUAACGAGUCAGAAGACGAAUCAGAAGACGAAAACGACUCAGAUGAUGAAAGCGACGGUAAAGAGGGAGAUAAGCAAGAGAAUAAGCCUGAUGACAGUGAUGACGAGAGUGAUGAGGAAGAUGACGAUGAAGAUGAAGAUGAUGAAGAUGAUGAUGAUGAUGAUGAUGACGACGAUGGUGACGAUGAAGAUAAGAAAGGUGACCAAAACUCCCACCCUUCUCAUGGAGAUAUGAAUGGGGGUUUAGAUAAUGACUUAGAGACAGGUGGUGAAUAUUAUCAAGAUGAAGAUGAAGAAGGUUCCAAUUUCAAAGCUUUUUUCUUGAUUCUUUCAUUGGUUUCCGCAUUUAUAAUUGUUGCCGCGUUUUACAUUUCGGAUUACAUUAAAAGUCGCAGGCACCCAAUUUUAGUUGAUGGGGAUGGUCGUUCCAGGUUAAAUAAAUCUGUUACAUGGGCAUCCGACAUAGAAAAUGGAUCUUUUGAUAUAGAAGAUGAUGAUCCUGAGUUUGGUACAGAGGGGAUGGAAGAUAAUAUGGAGUUAGAAGAUGUUUUUUCAAUCGAUGAGGAAGAUGAAGAACAAUUGGAAGGAGUCGUCCCAGAAUCAACAAGAAAGUCAAAGAAGGGAUCAAAAAAGAAAGGAAAAUACUUUAGUGUUCCUAACGAUGACUCUGCGGAGGAUAUCGAACUUCAAGAUAUCGAAAGACACUAG